CACGUGUGAAUUUUGAAUUUUCUAAUUCAAUUCAGUUCGUACAAGUUCAAAUAUUUACACUUUACUGAUUGAAUUAAAUUGAAUCAUACUGAUUAAAUUGAAUCGACUAUUUCAUAUGAACACCCCAAUUUUAUUGUGUCCUAUUCAAGCCAAUAUUUCUUGGUGUGGGGUGGGCCAACCUAGUUUCGUGCUCGUGCCACCAGUACUGGUGCUAUGGUGUGUCUAAGAACGUACAGUUCUAACUAACCACCACCCUCACAGUCACAACCCACAAUGGCGCAACAAUCAAUACUGGCACUGUUUACAGAAUCGUCACAGUCUUCCCUGGACUCGCCAUGUAUUCAAUCCUAAACCCUUUAUUUUCUCACGCGCCCUCAUUCAUAAAAACAACGCGCCGUCCUAAACCACCAUUACUCAGCUCCAUCAGUCUCCAUUCUCGUUCCUCGGGUGAAGAAGCAAAACCCAUUCUUCUUCUUCUUCCUCCUAUAUGGACUGCCACGGAGAUAGCCCAAGCCGUCAAUGGCAGAAUUGUGCAAUGUGGUCCUCCCGGAACCAUUUCCACGGACACAAGAACUCUCGUGCCCAACCAGUGGUUCUUCGCCAUUUCCGGCGAAACGUUCGACGCCCACGAUUUCAUUACCCCGAAACUGUCUGAAAAAGGCUGUAUUGGGGUAAUCGGGAAUCGGGUUUCUGAGAAUUGGAACAAAGGCUUUGUGAGUACAGAUGGCGAUUCCUUAGUUUCGUUGAUGAGGAUGGGAAGUUAUGCGAGGAGUAGGUUCAGUGGUGAAGUGGUAGGAGUGACUGGGAGUACGGGAAAGACUACUACAAAGUCUAUGAUAGCUUUGGCUCUUGGAGGUUGUGAGAAGAAGGUUUAUGAGAACUUUGGGAAUUGGAAUAAUGAGAUUGGAGUUGCCCUGUCACUGAUUGGGAUUCCGGGGAAUGCUGGGCUCGUGGUUUUGGAAAUGGGAAUGGAUUCAAAGGGAGAGAUAUUGGAGUUGGCAAGGAUGGCCAGGCCAAGUGUAAGGGUCAUUCUGAAUGUUGGAAAUUCGCAUUUGGUGAACUUUGGGAGCUUGGAGGAGAUAGCAAUGGCCAAAGGAGAGAUUUUGGUGGAGGCUAAGCCAGGAGAUGUGUGUGUUCUUAAUGCUGAUGAUCCCUUAGUUAUGAGCCUCCCACUACCAUGUGGGGUUAAAAAGGUGCUCUUUGGGCGGAAUACUGGAUGUGAUGUCCGGUUGGUGGUGGCAGAAAGUACGGAUGGAGGCCGUGCUGUUCAAGUUGUGCUAGAGAAAAAUGGAAAGAGGGUCAAAUUUCGGAUUCCUAGUCCAGGUCUGCAUCUGGCUCUCAAUGCAUGUGCAGCAGCUGCAGUGGCAACUCAUUUAGGGGUUCCUCUGACACAAGUCGGGCAUUCCUUGUCCACGUUUUGCCCAGUUCACAUGAGAUCAGAGCUUCAAGUUGCUAAAAAUGGCAUCACAAUAGUGAAUGAUGCAUACAAUGCCAAUCCUACUAGCACCAAAGCUGCCAUUAACUUACUAAAUGACAUUGAAUGCAGGGGCAAAAGAGUUGCCAUACUUGGAGACAUGUUAGAACUCGGCUCAAAUGAGAUAAAGUUUCACGAGAUGAUUCUCGAACAUUGUUGCAAUGCCCAUAUCGAUUUAAUUGGCCUUGUUGGGACGAGACUCUUAACUGCGGCCAAGAAUCUGAACUUGGUUGAGCAUAAAAAUGUUGUAGUUGCCCAUGAUGCAAAAACUCUUGCACUAGAAAUUCUUAAGUGGAUUGAUCCUGAUGAUGUUGUUUUGGUGAAAGGUAGUCGCGGUAUGGAAAUGGAGACAGUUGUGAAUGCAUUGAAGGAGACGGAAAUACAAAGUGGAAAUUAGAGUUCUACAACAUUGAUGAAUUAUCCAACUAACAGAAGCUACAAGCACUGAUAGCAUGUGCACUUGCUUGGAAAGGAAUCAAAGUUUGUUCAUGGAGUCCUAAUCCAAGUCUGAGGCUACACAAAAUGAGCUGCUAGCUGAAAGAAAAGGGAUCCAGAUUCCAGAUGACCUACAGAAUGACAUUAGCCAUACAUCAUGGGAAUUUACAAUCCAGCUAAUGUUAGGCACGUUCCUUUCUGGGGUCGGGUCAGGUCCAUCAAUUACCAAUCAGUAGGAAUUCUGAAGUUAUGGGCGUCAUGCUCGAAAACUAUAUGGCAACUUUUUUGAAAGAUCAUGAUUCCACUUGCUUUCGCUUUUUGCGCAUUUGCGUUCUUCUGGAUGCAUACAAACCGCUUCUUUGGGGUAAGAGGCUUUAGUUUGAGGAUUUCCAAACCAGUUUAUGGGUGGAGUUUAAAUAUGAAAGACUUGCUGAAUUCUGUGAAUUUUGUGGACGAAUUACUCAUAAGACAGAUGAAUGUCCGCUGUCUUAAAUCUUCAAGAACAAGGACUUCCUUCUGAACGUACCUAUCCUCCAAUUCGCACUGCUGGUCUUCCCAUACUCGCUUUACUCGAGCCUCCAGUAGUUCCUCCUUUUCAACAAAUUCCUGUGAUAAUUCCUCCUAUUCCUGUGGUGCAUUCAGGAAAUUAUGGUUUUAAUAUACUCUAUAUAUUACCUAUAUGUUCAGUUGUUAGCAACCUUUUGUGUGUUGUAGUACAUUUACCCUUUAUUCAACCUUAGUGGCUUCCUAUGGAUGGGUGCAAAUUAUUAUUUUACCCCUUAUUGAUAUUUGUUAUAACUAUUAAUGUAACCCAACCUCUAUAAAUGAUCUAUUGGGUACAAAUUAUUAUUGUACCCUUUAUUGAUA